AUGGGUAUCGGGUCCAUAAGGAAUGACAUAAACUCAUUGUCUCCGUCAAAGGGUUGGCUGAUGUCCCUAUACCGUCGCCGCCUCUGUCAAGAGGUCGCCAGACGUCCCACACCGUCGCCACCUCCGUCAAGAGGUCGGCGGACGUCCCACACCGUCGCCACCUCCGUCAAGAGGUCGGCGGACGUCCCACACCGUCGCCGCCUCCGUCAAGAGGUCGGCGGACGUCCCACACCGUCGCCGCCUCCGUCAAGAGGUCGGCGGACGUCCCACACCGUCGCCGCCUCCGUCAAGAGGUCGGCGGACGUCCCACACCGUCGCCGCCUUCGUCAAGAGGUCGGCGGACGUCCCACACCGUCGCCGCCUCCGUCAAGAGGUCGGCGGACGUCCCACACCGUCGCCGCCUCCGUCAAGAGGUCGGCGGACGUCCCACGGCGCCUCCGUCAAGAGGCCACUCGGUCCACCUCCACACUCUGUCCUAACAGCAGACAUCUAGCUGGCUCCCCUGUUGGUGGACAUCAAGCUGGCUCCCCUGUUGGUAGACGUCUAGCUGGCUCCCCUGUUGGUGGACGUCUAGCUGGCUCCCCUGUUGGUGGACAUCCAGCUGGCUCCCCUGUUGGUGGACGUCUAGCUGGCUCCCCUGUUGGUGGACAUCCAGCUGGCUCCCCUGUUGGUGGACGUCUAGCUGGCUCCCCUGUUGGUGGACAUUUAGCUGGCUCCCCUGUUGGUGGACAUCUAGCUGGCUCCCCUGUUGGUGGACAUCUAGCUGGCUCCCCUGUUGGUGGACAUCUAGCUGGCUCCCCUGUUGGUGGACGUCUAGCUGGCUCCCCUGUUGGUGGACGUCUAGCUGGCUCCCCUGUUGGUGGACGUCUAGCUGGCUCCCCUGUUGGUGGACGUCUAGCUGGCUCCCCUGUUGGUGGACGUCUAGCUGGCUCCCCUGUUGGUGGACGUCUAGCUGGCUCCCCUGUUGGUGGACGUCUAGCUGGCUCCCCUGUUGGUGGACGUCUAGCUGGCUCCCCUGUUGGUGGACGUCUAGCUGGCUCCCCUGUUGGUGGACGUCUAGCUGGCUCCCCUGUUGGUGGACGUCUAGCUGGCUCCCCUGUUGGUGGACAUUUAGCUGGCUCCCCUGUUGGUGGACGUCCAGCUGGCUCCCCUGUUGGUGGACAUCUAGCUGGUUCCCCUGUUGGUGGACAUCUAGCUGGCUCCCCUGUUGGUGGACAUCAAGCUGGCUCCCCUGUUGGUGGACAUCUAGCUGGCUCCCCUGUUGGUGGACAUCUAGCUGGCUCCCCUGUUGGUGGACAUUUAGCUGGCUCCCCUGUUGGUGGACAUCUAGCUGGCUCCCCUGUUGGUGGACAUCUAGCUGGCUCCCCUGUUGGUGGACAUCUAGCUGGCUCCCCUGUUGGUGGACAUCUAGCUGGCUCCCCUGUUGGUGGACAUCUAGCUGGCUCCCCUGUUGGUAGUCAUCUAUGCUUUCUG